UGGAUCAAGCGCGAGCACGCGCAUUCUGGGCUUUCCCUGCCCGCGGCUGAGGGGCGGGGCCGCGGCCAGGCUCCCCAGGCACUGUCGCCUGCAGCCCCCUCCCCUUGCCUUUUCGCCGCUCCCCGCCAGAGCUGCUCCGGCCCAGUCCCACCCCAGGCGACCCUGAGUGGAGCGGCUCGUGGCCAGAGGCGUAGGUGAGCGCGCGACGUGAGCAGGUGGAACGGGCGGAUCGCUGGCCUAGGAGACCGUACUGGGGGAGGGGUCGGGCCCGGGAAGCAGCUCUUUGUCUACCGGAGCCCGUUCGCGGGCUACGAGGCCACUCUUUUUCUCCCUGCAGGUGCUUGGGGAACCUGGGGGAGGACGCUGGUGAAUCCCACUCGGUGUGCGUUCGGAGGACCCUGAAUCUGGAAGUCCUGUUUUGGGGGACUGGUCGUUUGGGUCUCCGAGAGGCGAGGGGUAGGGGCAUGGAUGUUGUUUUUGUAAGAGGGCAGAGGCACGGGCGCGUGUGUGUGUGGGGGGGGACACGAAUAGGGCGUCUCAGCUUUGGGGGAUGGAGGUGGCGGUGGGACUUGACAACACUGAGCGACCGGGCUGGUGAGCGGGUGUGGGUGGUUGGAAGGAAAGCAAAUUGAGGCUCUUGAGGCUGAGGUUUAGGCACUCCUGGGUGGUGAUGCUGGAGAAAGCAUAGGGAGGCGCCAGGAUCGUUUGUAGUGAGUGGUUCAGGAACUGGGAUGUUGACCCCUCUGUUUUCCUCAUCAGGUGCAAUAUGGACAAGAGGGAUAAGGUCAAGGCAGGAGCUGCCCCGCGGAUGCCAGUUUCACGACCUCCAGGCCUUCUGACCCCUAGGCCUCCUGGAUCCCCUCGACCUCCUCCCCCUGUAACCACCGCUGCCCUUCGAGUCCUGGAAGCAAAUGGAGCUGUGGGGCGAAGGCCCCCGGUGGAGCGAGCCGCGGGCGUCGGCAAAACAGCUCUUCCACAGACAGCUGUGCAGGGGGCACCCCCGCGCAGCAGCGUUGGGGCAGGUCCUCGCAGUCCAGCCUCCAGGCCCGCAGCUUCUGGGAAAGGAGAGAAGGCCCCGGUGAAGAUCUCCGGCCAGGGUUCUAUUUCUAGCCCCGGGCGUGCUAGCAGUGGGAUCACCAGACCAGGCCCUGCUGUCCAGAAGGGACCCCAACCCCCGACUAAGGAGCCCGUGGUCAGAGGUAAAGCACCAGAGGCACCCAAAAGGAACACUCUGAGCUCUGGAACGCGAAGAGAUUCUUUAGGACUCACCUCAGGAACCUCUUCUCCUGCCAUCCCUCGUCGGUCCAGACCUCCGGCUACAGAGGUGGGAAUUCCUCGACCAGUUCCCAGUGCCCGGCAGCGUCCCCUGACCACCGAGGCACCCAGGAAACCUGUGAGCAGUGCUGCGGAGCGCAGUGUCCCGGAGCUGAGCCCAGCCUUGAAGAGGCGCUCUGCCGCUGGUGGCAGCCUGCCGAAGCCGGCCUCCCGUUCCCUGAGCUCCACUGCUACUCCUCAGCUCUCUCCAGCUCGCUCUGGGGUCUCUCCGCGUGCCACCCCCCGGGCUCCUGCGCACACCUCGCAGCUCAAGUCGAAAGGGCAGCAAGCUCUGCGCCCACCCCAGACCACAGUCCCGAGGAAGGACAGAACCUCUGCACAGAGUCUACUUUCUGCUUCAUCUUUAGUCACGCCCGCUCCACCUGAAGCCUCCACACCUCAGGCUGCCUCUGUCCAGGUCCCAGAGGAUCCGCUGAAGGCCGCGCUCCCUCCCUCUCCACCCGCUACCCCCCCUCUACCUGCUGCUCUUUUACUCCAGGCCCAGUCCUCUGCACAGGCAACACCCCAAUCACAGGCCAUAAACUGCCCAUCAUCACCUCCCCCGCUUUCUCUGCAGAACCUCCCCUCCCCACCAGCCACGCCCCCUUUGCAAGCUCCACCCACAAGCCUGGGUCCUGAAGAGGCCUCUGACUCACCCCCACCAAUGGCCGUGAUCUCUCUACCGCUUUCAUCUCUUGUCCAGAGUGUGCCCUGCAACCAGGCUUCUUCAGCUUCGCCCCCUCCGGAGACUCUCUCGGCCACUCCUUUCUCACCUGCGCCUCUACCUCUAGCCACACCUCCUCCACCAGUCCUUCCUUCACCGCCAGUUUCCCCGCAGAAUCAGCCUACGCCCCUGGUCACACCCUCUCCGUCCACUCUGUCCGCUCUAACUACGCCCCCUUUGCCGGCCAACUUUUCUGGGUCUCCUCUCCUUCUCCAGGACACGCCCUCUAAUCGAACCACGCCGCCUUUGCAAGACACUCUGUUUCUGGCCAUUUCUCCUCCAGUUUCUCCCUCUCCUUUCUCCUCCCCACCUCUGUAUGUCCCUCCCUCUCCCGUGGUCACGCCUCCUCUGAGGCUCUCACCACCUCUGAUUUUGCCCACUUCACAGGCUUCUUUGUUGACCUCGACACCCUCCCGGGCCUCGUCGCCCCAGCAGGCCACGCCUGCUCCUUUGGCUGUGUCACCGCUAUCGUCCCCACUGCCUUUGGGCUCACCUCCUCUGCAGGCCUCGCUCUCUGUCAUGCCCACAUCCCCUGUGCAGGCACACUCUCUACCCUCGCCUCCCUUGCAGGCGCCUUCUCUGGCUACAUAUCCUUCGCCUCUUCCCUCGUCCCCGGCCUCGCCUCCUCUGCCAGCUCUUCUCUCCCCUCCUGCUUCACCUCCUCUAGAGCGCCCUCUUUCUCCUUCACCCUUACCUCCGUCUCCUUUGGCAACGCCCCCACCAGAAGCCCCACCUUCACUGGAUUCACCCACUCCUCUGACUUCGCCCCCUCCGCAGGACCCCUCUUCUCCGGCUUUGCCCUCUCUGCAGGCUCCCUCCUCCCCGCCGGCCACGGCGCCACCUCCCCUACAGGUUCCCCUCUUGGCUUUGCCUCCUCUCCAGACCCCGUCCUCUCCUCUGGCCACGCCCCCUCCUGGCCUGCCCUCGCCCCUUGUUCAGCCUCCUUCUCCUCCUGCCUCACCCCCACUGCAAGUCCCUCGUCGACCCCCGACUCCAGGUCCAGAUGUCCCGAUCUCAAGUCCACGGCUGACCCUGUCACUGGCCCCUGCCCCGCCACCUCCACCCUCGCGAAGCCCGUCCAGUACGCUGAGUGGCCCGGACCUGGCAGGCCACAGCAGCAGCGCCACGAGCACGCCGGAGGAGCUCCGUGGCUACGACAGCGGGCCCGAGGGCUGCGCCGCAGUCUCCCCGGCCGCAGACGCGGAGCUAGCGGCUUGCCACCCGGCCUCCUGGAGUCGAGGUCCUGCUCCACCGUUGGCAGUGCGUGGCGCUCCAGGAGUUCCCCUGCCCUGGCCUCCCGCUGCCUGCGCGGGCUCCUCUGACGGCCUGUGCACCAUCUACGAAGCUGAAGGACCAGAGUCGGUGGCCCCUACCCCUGGAUCCCUAGAUGCGGAACCGGAGCCGGAGCCGGAGCCGAAGCUGGGCUCUGGCGGUGGGAAGGCAACCGCUGCCCCGGGCUCAGGAGCAUCCUCGAGAAGCCCCAAAUCGGCUCGCCUUGGCGAGCUGCCGCUAGGGGCGCUGCAGGCGAGCGUCGUACAGCACCUGCUGAGCCGGACGCUGUUGCUAGCGGCAGCCGAGGGAGCAGCUGCCGGCAGUGAAGGAGGUUCAGGAGGCCCAGGGGGUGGUGGUGUCCCGGGGGGAUCCCGGGCUCCGCUUAGCGAUGCCGAAUUGGGCCGCUGGGCCGAAUUGCUGUCUCCCUUGGACGAGUCGCGUGCCAGCAUCACUUCAGUCACCAGCUUCUCCCCGGACGACGUGGCCUCCCCACAGGGUGAUUGGACAGUAGUGGAAGUGGAGACUUUUCAUUGAGCCAGACCCCAGCCCCGCUCAUCAUACAUAUACCGCUUUAGAGUCCACCCUUCCGGUUACACCUCUUUUGCCUUAGUCUCAGCUCUCACUGGAUGGAUAUUUUUUUUUUUUAAACCUCUAGAGCCCAGUCUUUGGGCCCAGGCCGUGCCCCUAUCUUUCUUGGUUUAAGCUUGGAACACACCUACAGGUAGGCCUAGGCCUUCCAUUUGCGCUUGUGUUUGGCCUAAGCCACAGCCCUCUAAGGAGCCACGCCACACCCUAUGUUCAGUGGAUAAAUAGCCUCUCAUACCAAUAGCCUCAUUUUCAGUAAAACCAGAGAUGCUGGCACCAGGGUGCCAUGGUGAUGGGAGCUGGGAAAGGGCCACACAUGUAGCGGUGCAGUUCAAAGGUCCAGGCUACACUAUGCUGCUGGGUGUGCUUGAGCAAGUCGGAGCUCUGGCUGAACUGUGUGACUUGUCUACAGCAAGGUGGUUGGUGAGAUAGUGGUCUCGUGCUCUUUUGGGUCAUACUUCUAAUGAGAACGUUAGGCCCAGGGAGGCCUGAGUGGAUGAGCUGGUGAUCAAACCGGGGAGCCACCAAAGCUCUUCUAACCCUGGAUGUGGGGUAAUUCGCUCUCCUGGGUAUCCCUUGUUACAGCCCCUAUGCCCUGUGUGCACCCCUUCUCUUUUGUGCUUGAGAGUUGGGCCUGGAGGAUGAACUCGAGUGGAGAGAGUGAGUCCUUGCCUUCAUCUCUUACUUCUCCCUCUGUGAUGGGUAGUGCCAAGUUGUAAAAUGUGAAAAACCCCUGAAAGAUAGGUCCCUUGGCAUGCCUGUAGGGGGGUUAGCUUGCUUAGGCUUAGGUGGAAACCUACCCAUUGUGGGUGGCACCAUACCCUGGCUGGGAUCCUGGGCUGUGUAAGCAGAGAGCUGGGCAGCAGCAUGCAUUCACUGCUCUUUGUGACUGACUGCUUCCAGCUCCUGUUACCUUGACUUCCCCACAGUGAUAGACUGUACCCUGAACUGUGAGCCAGAAUAAACCCUUCCUCCCUUAAGUUGCUUUUGUCAAGGUGAUUUAUCACAGUUAAGGGAAAUAAACGGAGACAAUCUCCCUCUCCUUUCACCAAGGAGGCCACAGUGUUAAGGCAGUAACUUGCCCAGGUUUGCAGAAAGAACUACAAAUGUAGGGCUAAAGUGGACUGACCUGGCUGAACCUUAAAGGGGGUGGUGGUGCAGAAGACCUGGGCGUUGACACCAUGCCAUUCUAUGUAUUGCACUCACAGGGGCAUCCUUGCCUUGUUUCUUACUCCAGAUGAUCUCAUGAAUUCUCAGUUACUAUCUUCAUUUAAGUCUGUCAAUCAGAAUUGCUCUCCACCUCCCAGCCAUCAACUUGUCCCUGGAGCCCCUAACUCCAGGCAAGGUUUUUUCUUUCCGAGUGCCUCUGCAUGACAUUACCCCUUGAAUGUUAUUGCCCAAGGAUCUCCUCCUUGGCACUAACAGUGUGGAAGCCAAAUGGCAGUGCCCUGUACUGGGCCCCCUUACCUCACCCUGAGUCAGGUACUUGUCAGACACAGACAACUAAGUUCUCUGUCUUUCGCCCUGAAACAGCCACUUCCUGGCUUACAGUCCAAAGAGAAGUCUCGUCUCAGAGGGGCACUGCUACCUCUGUUGUUGGGGGAGGGCACAUGCUCUGGACUCUAGCACUGAGAUUUGUGGCAAGCCAGAGAUUUCUUCUCUAGCUGAGCCCUGGAGGGAACCCCAGAUAUCCUUGUUCCCAGAUGUCAAGACAAGCCUAAGAGAAAAAAGCUAACUCUCCCCCAUCCCAAGACAGGAUUUCUCCAUAUAGUUC